AUGUGGGUCGCCGAGAUCCAAGCACCAGGUUGCACGCUAUUUCGAGCCACCGAAAUCUUGCGGCGUGCCGAGCUUUGGAUUAAUCGUGCAGGGUUUGUUGCCAACUACGCCAUGCUUGCGCUCGCCACGCCCUUGGUCGGAACAUAUGGAACAGUGUCUAUCUAUGUUCUAUUUUCCUUUGCCUCGAUAUUCGGAGUCAUGGCUGUGACGAUGAUUCUCUACCUCCGCUGGCACGUCUCAGUAAUUAUGAAAGGCCAACGUUCACGGAGUUUAGACUAUGAGCAGUGCAAUAGUGACCAGGGCGUAUCUCUCGAUGAAAUCAACGUCACCACAGGCCUUAUUGAUACUCUGCCCACUGCUGUGGCGACUCCAGAAGAUUCUGACCACGAAUCAAUCAUUUCAAGAAGACCAAUUGCCUCUCGUGGGGAACUGCCCAUCUCAUUCUCAUUCAAUGAAAGCAAACUCUCGACGGAUGGGGCGGACAAGCCGGCUCUGUACACGACAGGGUCGACUAUAGGAAUGUCUGUACUCAAAAGUCAAGAUGAAAUGCGAUUGGAAACCCCAAUAUCGGAAAUAGGUCACAGAACGACUGGCGCUGUUCCACACGCCGUGAAGGCCCGCAACUUAUUAGUCACUCCGGCCUGGUGGGAUGGCGAUAUUAUGGAAGAGAAGGGUCCUCAUCUUGCGCCGGAUGUAAGCCCCGGCGGAGUUUCGGCGAAAAAGCGAUAUGUUGAGCCGCGUUAUCCCUUGCGUUCCCAUGCCAGCCUCGAUGCCCCUCGGAACAAUAACGGAUUUGGCACCAUUGACGACGAUUUUGCACCAAAGAAAGGAAGAGAGGAAACGUAG